CCCUUAGCAAGCAGCCAUUUUCAGCCAAAAUAUCUUAAACUUAACUCUUGCUAGAACCAAAUACCACUCACUGGACUUGAUAAUUUCAUUUCUUUACUGUACGCUUCGAUUUUUGGGUGGUAAAAGCCUUCUUCUGUGAAGACGCAAAUUUUGAUUCGAGCGUUCUGGGAGGGAUCGGCUUUCACGAAAAUGGCGGAUCAGGCUACUGAGGAAAUGCAAGAACAACCCCAAUGUUCCAUAACCUUAUCUGAUGAUGAACUAGACAUCCAUGUUUGUGGGAAAUGCAAGGCAUCAUUUACAGAUCUAUCAGCAUACAUUGAGCACAAAAAAUCCAAAAUYUGCUCAAAACCUACAACAGAUGAUSAGCAGUCAACAUCAAGAGAGAAUAGUGUUCAAAAGAAGACGGUAGUUUUGCCAAUGCAGUCGCUAGUAUCAGGGGGUGUGCAGUCUGGUAAUAAAGUGGUAGUGGAGCUGCUGGACCCUGUUGAUGUUAGUAGUGUCAUAACAGAUACUAGUGUUAUUGUGCAYACAGAUGCUGACAAUGAAUCACAGCUUGAAGAGGCUACUUCAGCAUCAAAACCCAAAAAAAGGCACAAGCGUAAAAACUCCACUCCAAAAACCACAAGAAAAACAGCCGCUGCCAAAAAACAACUCAUUGAAACAUCGGCAAAUAUUGACGAGACAAACAACACAGUGACGGURCACAUCCCAGAAUCACAGCUAGUUCACUUAGGUGGAGAAGCAGGURGUGCAGAUGGGRCCAAGGGGAUGCGUAAACAAGAAGCCACCAGUGUUUUUGUCCCUAUCUACUUAACCACCAACUCCAAGAAGACAUUUAAAUGCAGUAAAUGUCCAGCGGAGUUUCGUAGUAAAGAAGAACGAGGCGACCAUGGCACUCUUCAUAGAAAGCACUUCAAGUGUAAUGACUGCAGCAAGAAGUAUUAUACUUUAGAGUCAUUAGAAUCUCAUCGUGCGACCGAGAGUCAUGUCCAUGCAUGUGAUCAAUGUGGGAAAGUCUUCCACUCUCAAGUCUACCUAAAGAGGCACCUAACAGUCCAUGUAGAGGAACGUAACUUUGAAUGCGAUGUUUGUCACAAAGCUUAUACAUCAAUGGCAAACUGCAGAGCUCAUAAGCGAUCUGUUCACGCUGUAGUCAAGAAACACGUCUGCGAUGAGUGUGGUAAAGCGUUUGCUCGUAAAGACAAGCUUAAACGUCAUCAAUUGAUACACAUUCCUUACCCAAACCGUCCCAUCUUCCCUUGCCCGUUUCGUAGUCACACAGGCUGUACUAGCACGUUUUACCGAGAAGACAAACUCAAGCGUCAUCUUUUUACUCAUUCAAAGGAAAAGCCUUACAAAUGUGAACAAUGUGACAAAGGUUUUGCAAGAAGAGAUAACUUAAAUGAUCACAUGAAGACGCACACUAAGGACUUUAGCUACGUGUGUGCGCUAUGUCAACGUGGAUUCCUUGGUCCUGCUAAGCUCAAGAAACACUUGAAAUCGGUUCACCCUGAUGAAGAAUAUGAUAUUGAAACUAUAGCUCAACGAGCAAGAGAUGCACCCACCAUGGCUAAUCUGACUAAGACURUUGUACCCGCACAAGAAGAUACAGUCAUUGCAGCCAUUGAGCAAGAAAAGACCGCUCUCAACACGCAAGUAACAGUUGGACUCGAUGUGGUAAAUCAAGCCAUCAAUCAAUCUCAUUUCCAACCCGACCAGGAAGAACCACAAGAAGAUAAUAGCAAAGGUGAUCAUGACACUAUUGAAWGUCAAGAAGUUGAGCCUCUCAGCGCGCAUUCUGUACCCCCUGUACCACCUCUAAUUCAUCAGGUUUCUGGGGGGGUUUCCGAGCCAUCGACUUCAAGUGAACUUAGCCCAACGUCUGCUGGUAGCGUGUUCAUACCUCGUAUUGGUUUACAGAAUACUUCGCCUUAUACUCGUGAUAUGCUUACUCUGCCUAACGACUUGUUAUCGAUCGUCCAUGGUUUGAACUAACAUCUAAUGCCUCGAACUUGUAUCGRUUGUUCGURUGAUGAACUAGYUUGAUAUGCCCACGACUCAAACUUUAUUGAAUSCUGUACAUCUUUUAUCGAAAAUAUCAUAUCAUUACAUUUAUAUACUGACUGAAAUAGAUCAGUGAAUUGAAACCCUGGCCCCCCGCCCCCGUGGAAGCCGGGCGGGAAAUGAACAGGAUUGAUACACGGAGAGGAGAGAGAAUCAAAGGAAAUGAACUGUUUGGUAGGGGGACGUGGUUUCAAUUGACCGAUGUAUGAUAUCUCUUGAAAUUUUUAACUUUUUAUCUGUUGAGCAUGGCUCAUGACUUUUAUCGAUUAUAAAAUGGCGAAAACAUCCGAGUUGGAAUCGAUUACUCAUCUGUGUUUUCCACGAUUGUAAACGAGUCAUUAUCGAUUAGAUAAAGUUUAAGAGUCGUGAGGCUAUAUGAUGCAUGUUACUGAAGACAUUGUCAGGAAGGGAAUUAACAUGAAGACAUUGUCAGGAAGAGACAAUCAAACUUAAGACUUCUUAACGUCAAGGUCUAGUUCAUACAACACUGUUUUGGAUCCCUGUACUUAUUGAAAUAGAAUCUCCAAUGGAAAUUAUAGUACGGUGAUUWAAAAAAACUAUUAUAAUAUCGGUAUAGAUGAUAAAAACUUCAUCGUCGUCCCCGGGACCAUCUCGACCGAAUCAAGACGUCGGUCGUAUGACAGAUUUGGUCCUGGGGACRAGGUUGUAAGAAACCUUUGUGGUAACAGCAUGACCUGUCAACAAAAGUGCGUUUUAAGGGAACGAUUGGUAWUAAYCCAAAAACGCAUUAGUUUUGACAACACGUGUAAUAAUAAACUAGUUCUUGUUCAUCUUUCUAAUCUUUUUCCCAUGAUGAACAAAACAUUUCACAUUGAAUAAACAGGCGUUUAUUGUCA